CGGCUUCGAUGGCAUAGUACCAGGCCGCAGCAAAACACUACAACAUUCACUUCUCUUGAUUAUACCAGCAUCAUGUCUUUCACGCCUGCAAAUCAUUACACUCUUUCUGCAUCAUACUCUAAUUUAAAUGAUAUUGGCACUCCUUCUCCGAAUUUUGCAGCAUCAUCGAGUUACCAGAAAAUGACUGAUCCAUUCACUGUUUCAGACACUCCUACAUCAGAACAUCCAUCAUUCCGACAACCACUGGGUAAAUCGUCAUCAUUGCAUUACAAUGGCGCAUAUAGUCACUCUUUUGACUCAGUUUUUCAACUACAAGCUCAGAACGAGCAAUUGAAACAAGAUGUAAUUGCUUUAACUGCUUCUCGUGAUGCUUAUCAGACCGCUUUUUUUAAACUCUCAGGACAGCUCUCUUUGUCCGACAAUGCCUCUGCAUACACAAUCGAAAAUGGAGCCAAGAUCAGCAUUAAAACCACCUCUGGCAGCAAUGAUCGCGAGCCCAUCAACCUAGCGAAAAAGAAAGACUAUCCUGACAUCAAGUUUUGGACUCAUCAAGAUUUCAAACAAUGGGAAUGGACGGACGGACUGCGCACAGCAGCAGAUCGAGGCUCACUUCCUUUCCUAGAAAAGUGUGAUGGCAAUGUCUUCUCCCCUAAUGAGCUCUGCGAUAUCAUGAAAACAUUCCGCUCAGUAUGGUUUGGACUUACUCAUCAAGACAAGGCUCCGGCAUCCUGGGGAAAGGCAAUUCCUGCAGCGAAAAACUGGCUAUACACUGAAGUUUCAUGCGCACAUCCUGAGUUGGCACUGAGCGAAGGCUACUGGAAGAUUGAGGCUGUUGCAACCGAACGAUACUCAUCAUGGGCAAGUAUGCAUAAAAAACCCGAGCAGACAACUCCUCAUGCCAGCAAUGUUGAUGUCAAGCCACUUGGUCAUGCGGAAUCCAAACCAGGAGGUCAGCGCAAGCGAAAGAUGGAUAGUCGGACGCCGGACAGUGCUUCUUCAGAUGUUUCAAUCACAACUCCAGAUAAUUCCAUCACCAAAGACUUGGAUUGUGCCGACCAACCGAAACGAGCUAGAGUGGACAACAAGGAUGCCGAGCCUUCAACGGAAACAUCAACCAUCAAUGUCAUUCAAGUUGCGACACCGGAUAGUACCAUUGCAAGCCCCAGUGUCAUCAUUCCCGCACCACGUUCCAUAGUUCUUUUGAAAGAUCCAUUCAAAGACGCGAUCAAACUUUUGAAGGAGAAACGUGAAGACUCCGCAGCUCAGAAACAGCUCCAAAUAUCGAACGAUCCUCCUAGCACUCCAGUGCCAAUAUUACUCAUUGACUCAACGCCUACUAGCGCCGAUGAUACUACUGCACCUGCCCACACAUCAAACUUGGAUAUUCUCAUGCCUGUCACCAUCACACCUGUUCCUACUACCAUUGUCACUGCGCCUAUUCCUACUGCUGUCACCGGUGUGCCUGUUCCCGCCACUUCAAACUCGAAGGAUACCAAGAAAUUCCGUCCAGCUGCCACCAAGAACGGCAGAAAUCUUUGUGCUCAUCGCUGGCUGAAGCAGCUAAUGCCGAACGGAUCCUCGCAAGACUUCAAGGUAUAUUGGGACUCACUCGAGAAGACCCGUCAAGCGAACUACGACAUCGAGGCCUCGAAUCUGGUUGCUGGCUGUGUUUGGACCGCGAACACAGUCGAUGUUCUUGCAAAGUUCUCUGGUGGUACGCUGCAUUAGCUAGGUGCUAGGUAUCGUCAGCAGGGGUGGGUAGUAGGACGGAAGAGCUGGUGCGAAUGAGCGGGCGGGUAGCCCAUUUUUAGCUUUUUUUUGUUGCUUUUGUAGCUUUCAAAUGCAUUGUUUUCCGUCAA